GGAAGCUGCGUGCCCCGAUGGCUGCGGAGAGGGAACGGGUAGAUGCCGAGCAAUGUUCUCCUCAGACCGGGUUCUCAGCGCCGGAACAGCUCCUCUGUACCCAGACCCCCAGCAACAGAGAAGGCGGAGGGACAGCGGGUCGCUCCUUCAGGAGGACACCACUUGGACCAUCCAGAAAACUAAAUGCAAGCUUUAAAUCACCAGUACAGACCUCUCUCGACCAUGAGCUUGAUUCUGCUGGUCUUCAACUUCAUGUUGAGAAUCUGAGGAAGAAAUGUAACAAUCUUGACCGUGAGAUUGCAGAGCUGCUCUCGGCAGGAUACACUCUGGAAGAGUUGGACCAACACAUUGAUCAGCUCCACGAGUACAAUGACAUCAAGGAUGUUGGCCAGUUACUGUUGGGAAAGUUGGCUGUCAUCAGAGGGGUUACCACCAGGGAGCUGUACAGUGAGUUUGGACUGGAUUUGGAGGACUAGACUGAAUCGGGAGGGCCUCUUGUCGAAGAGGAGGAUGUGAAUCAUUAUCUGUCUCAAUUUGAUCUGCACAUUGAUUCCACCGACAAAGAUAUUGAAGACGGGGAGAGGAUUGUGAACCAUGACCAAAAGGCCACCUAAGCACCUGGCUUUGAAGUCUGGUGCUAUGUCAGAUCUGCUGCCUUGUUUAAAAACUCAGUAGAUUUCAAGUAGCGUUGCUGAUGAAUUCUGUAUCAGUUGAGGUUAUGGACUUGUUAUGAUGGCACCUCCAGUGUUUCUAGUCACUACCGAGCUCUGAUAACCCACCCCGCUUUAUUUGGUUUGUGCUGUGAGGUAUUCCCUGUUUGGAAAUUGGGAUAAUCCCCUUCCUGGUUCAGUGCUUUCCAUGGUGUUCUGAGCAGGAAGGAUUAGCAGCACAUUGCAGCUAGUUUAUUGAGCUUGAGUUUAAUGACCUCCAGUUUGACCACCUGCAAACUCUUGGGUGAAUCCUCAGCUUGAUGUUUGAGAGAUGGGUAAAAGGCCAGUUUGGGAACGUGGCAUGUGAACCACCUACCAGAGGUGAUGAUUCUUAUCGUUCCAAGUGUGUGGACAGUGAAUAUCAGAAGGUCAUUCCAUUAUUGAGGCAUCAUGGUUGAGCCUGGUUUUAACCAUACUCCAUACACGGUCACUUCGGUAGCAGGAGAAAUGUGAUCAGGAGCAGUGACCCUGAUAAACUACCUUCUCCACACUCAGGCUGGAGACUGAUUUAGGACCCAACAAUCAUCACUUGUUCCACGUAUGAAAACUGUUGAUUCAUUGUUUGUUAAGGAUUAAACCUCCAUUUAAGAUUUCUUUAAGAGGUCAUCAGGACUAAAUUGUGCCACUUCCCGGAACUCUGUUUUGUAAUUGUUGUUUGUUGAUCAGUUUUGGUCCUUUACGUUUAAUUAAAAAGUAUCUGUUUGUGACUUGA